GCCCGGGACCGCAGGCGAGGCUCCCCGCGGCUCCGCCUGCAGCCCGGGUCGGCUGUGGGCGGCCGGGGCCGGAACGUGCAGGCAGGCCACACUAGGAAUCAAUUUCUACUUCCUGGCCACCCCUCCACAUCCCUUGCUGAUUGGGGCUGAUUCUGGUUUCCCCUCCCUGCAGAGGAUAAGUUGUGGGGGGACCUCAGGCCAGGGCAGCCUCUUAUCUUCCUUCAGAUCCCACAGUGGCCAAUGUGCCCAAGAUGGCAGCUUCUAGGGCCUCAGGAGCAGAUGCCGCUGACCUUCCAGGAUGUGGCCGUGUACUUCUCUCAGGCGGAGGGGCAGCAGCUGGGCCCCCAGCAGCGGGCGCUGUACAGGGAUGUGAUGCUGGAGAACUACGGGAAUGUGGUCUCCCUGGGAUUCCCUGUCCCUAAGCCGGAGCUGAUCUCCCAGCUGGAGCAAGGGGAGGAGCUAUGGGUCGUGGAUCUUUUGGGAGCUAAGGAACCAGAGGUCUUGAGAAACUGCCAGAAAGAUUCUGAGAUUGGGACUGAGAAGGAACUGUCCAUUCUAAACCAGAAAUGUUCUGAAGAAGUAAAAACCCCAAAAUUUAUACCAAGAAGAUUCUUAAGGGGUAAUCCACAGGCACCGGAUUUUCAGGAAGCUUGGGACCAGGAGCAUAAACUAGAAGAGCACCUGGCAAAUGCUGUUGGGCAGAGUUUGAAGAAACCCCAUCUUUACAAAAGAGUUUUUAUAAAAGAAGCUGUCGUGGAUAGGGAAAGCUCUCCAGGAAAAAAAAACCAGGAGUAUAGUGCAUUUGAUAGAAAUUUGAAUCUGAACCAAAGUGUUGUUAGACAUCAAAGAAAUAAAAGAGGAGAGAGAAUCUUUAAAUGUGAUAUAUGCAACAAAAUCUUCAAAUACAAUUCAGACCUAAAUAGGCAUCAGAGAAGUCACACUGGGGAAAAGCCUUAUGAAUGUGGCCGGUGUGGCCGAGCCUUUACUCACACCUCAAGCCUUAUUCUGCACCAUCGAGUUCACACUGGAAAUAAACCAUUUAAAUGUGAUGAAUGUGGGAAGACUUUUGGGCUCAAUUCCCACCUCCUUCUCCAUCAGAGAAUUCACACUGGAGAGAAACCUUUUGGGUGUAGUGAAUGUGGGAAGGCCUUCAGUCGAAGCUCAACCCUUACUCAACAUCGUAUAAUUCACACAGGAGAGAAACCUUAUAAAUGCAAUGAAUGUGGGAAAGCCUUCACCCAGAGCCCCCAGUUAACUCAGCAUCAGAGAAUUCACACUGGAGAGAGGCCCCAUGAGUGCAAUCAAUGUGGGAAGGCCUUUAGUCGGAGUUCAAGCCUUAUUCAGCAUCAGAGAAUUCAUACUGGAGAGAAGCCCCAUAAAUGCAAUCAAUGUGGGAAAGCCUUCAGUCAAAGCUCAAGCCUUUUUCUCCAUCAUAGGGUUCAUACUGGAGAGAAACCCUAUGUAUGUAAUGAAUGUGGCAGAGCCUUUGGUUUUAACUCUCACCUUACGGAACAUGUAAGGAUUCACACUGGAGAAAAACCCUAUGUUUGUAAUGAGUGUGGCAAAGCCUUUAGUCGGAGUUCUACUCUUGUUCAGCAUCGAAGAGUUCACACCGGGGAGAAACCUUAUCAGUGUGUUGCAUGUGGGAAGGCCUUCAGCCAGAGCUCCCAGCUCACCCUACACCAGCGAGUUCACACUGGAGAGAAACCCUACAAAUGUGGUGACUGUGGGAAGGCCUUUAGCCGGAGGUCAACCCUCACUCAGCAUGAGAGAAUUCACAAUGGAGAGAACCCUCGUAAAUGCAGAAAAUGUGGUCCAGCUUUUGUUCAUGGCUCCGGCCUUAUACCAGAUGGACAGAUUCUCCCUGGAGAGAAAUGUGGCAGAGCCUUCAACCAUCGUCCAAACCUUGUUCUGCACUGGAUAAUUCACACUGGUGAGAAAUCCUUUGGAUGUAAAGAAUAUGGAAAAACUUUCAGUCCCACCUCACAACCCAUUGAAGAUCAGAAAAUCCAGGCUGAGGAAAAACCCUACAAAUAUCAAGAAUGUGGAAAAGCCUUUGGUGGGGGUUCUACCCUUAUUCAACAUCAGGUAACUCAUACUGGUGAGAAAUCUUAUCGCCCUGUGUGUAGGAAAGCCUUCAUCCAGAGUUUGCAACUCACACCAAAUCAGCAGACUCAUGUUGAAGGGAAACCUCCUUUAAAUGAUGGAUCUGAAAAAUACUUUAUUCAUAUCAAAAAGAUUUUUUAAGAAUCACAUUUUUGAUAUGAUAAAUGUGGGAAACAAUUUAGCAAUUGUUCAUUUUAUGUUGGAUAGGAUGGCAUAAUGAAAGUUAAAUGAGGUCUAAAUAUUACUGGCAAAGCAAAAUAAACAUUUCAGAUGACUAUUAAAGUCAUUAUGUUUGAAAGUAAACAUGAGAGAAUUCAUUCUGGAAAAUAAGGCUGUCUGUGUUAAGGUUGCUGUUGUGCUCAGGAGGUGAGCCAUGUAGUGCUACAUUCAAAUAUGAGUGUAGGGCGUGAAAAGCGACUCCACCUAAUUCUGAGUGUACCCUACCUGAUUCCCUCCAAUCUUAUCUCUUCUUUCCCAUAUAAGCCCAGGCUUGUAGCUGAGUAUAUCCAGUUUCAGUCCUGCACACCUGCCUCCAGGUGCAGAGAACUUCGGCAGGUCGGGCAGACUGAAGUGUUAUUCCAUCAGGAUGGUCUGGCCCAUCUCCCCCACAAACCUACAGAGUAACUGCAGGUGGAGUUCCUUCCUCACUUGGAGCCCCAGUUUUUGCUUUUGUAAAAUGAAAGUUGUUUUGUUUUUUAGUUUUAAGGAAUUGUCCAGUUCAUCAGAGGAGGGACCUCAUGGGCCAGUAAAACAGGGGGCUGCCAAGUAGCUCCACUUUUGAAAACUUAAUUACUGAUAAGAUUUUUUUAAAGGUAGGUUUAUUGUUGUAUAAUUUGUAUAUAAUAAGUUCACUCUUUUUAGUGUAUAGUUCUAUGGGUUGUGUAGCAACCACCCCAAUCAAGACAGAACAUUCCUGUCACAACCCAGAAUUCCUUUUGUGUGUGCCUGUGAUCAGCCGUUCCUCACCCCUAGUCCCUGGAAACCACUGGUUUUCUGUCCUAUAACCUCACCGUUUCCAGAAUCAUACGGUGUGUAGCCUUUAGAAUCUGUCUUCUUUCACUUAACAUAAUGCAUUGGAGACUCUUCUAUUUUUUUGUGUAUAUCAGUAGUUCAUUCUUUGUUAUUGCUGAGUAGCAUUCCAUUGUAUGGACGGAGCAGUUUGUUUAUCCAUUCACCCAUUAAAAGAUAUUUGGGUAUUUUCAGUAAGGGACAACUAUGAAUAAAUUAGCUAUAACAUUUAACUACACGCUGUUUGUGAACCUGACUUUUCAGUUUUCUUGGGAAAAUAGCAAGGAGUGGGAUU